GAGGCGGCGCGUAACCGGCUCUAGGGGCGCAUGAGCGAGGCUCGCAGCGGGCUGCAGGGAGGCGGGCACCGGGGAACCGCUCCGCCGGGGCGGGCAGGCAGCCAAGCACCGCUCCGGGCCCGGGCUCGGGCCCGCAGCCGCAGGACUGCCUCUGAGUUGCAGUCCAGAAAGAAGAAACAAUCGUGUUGAUUUAAGUUGAACAUUUGUGGCUAAGACUAAGAACAAAGCCAUGCCAGUGCUUUCGGAAGACUCAGGUUUACAUGAAACUUUGGCUCUUUUGACAUCUCAGCUAAGACCUGAUUCAAAUCAUAAAGAGGAAAUGGGAUUCCUUAAGGACGUCUUCAGUGAAAAGAGUCUCAGCUACCUGAUGAAGAUUCAUGAAAAACUCCGUCAUUAUGAAAGGCAGAGUCCAACUCCUGUUUUACAUAGUGCAGCGGGAUUAGUUGAAGAUGUAAUAGAAGAAUUGCAGACUGCACCAGUGAAUAACGAAGAAAAAGAGCUUCUUCAGCUGUUGUCAACACCACAUCUCAGGGCAAUGCUUGUAGUACAUGACACUGUAGCACAAAAGAACUUUGACCCAGUCCUUCCACCGCUUCCCGAUAACUUUGACGAUGAUUUUGAUGAAGAAUCAGUGAAAAUUGUUCGGCUAGUGAAAAAUAAAGAACCCUUGGGAGCUACCAUCAGAAGAGAUGAGCAUACAGGGGCUGUGAUUGUAGCAAGGAUCAUGAGAGGUGGUGCAGCUGAUCGCAGUGGUCUUGUCCAUGUUGGAGAUGAACUGAGAGAAGUCAAUGGUAUUGCUGUGCUUCACAAACGACCAGAAGAAAUAAGUCAGAUCUUGGCUCAGUCUCAGGGAUCAAUAACAUUAAAAAUAAUUCCAGCCGUCAAAGAAGAAGAUCGUCUAAAAGACAGCAAGGUGUUUAUGAGGGCCCUUUUCUGCUAUAAUCCCAAAGAAGACAGAGCCAUUCCCUGCCAAGAGGCUGGUCUGCCGUUUAAGAGGCGACACAUCCUAGAAGUUGUAAGCCAAGAUGAUCCUACGUGGUGGCAAGCAAAACGUGUUGGAGACACAAACCUCAGAGCAGGCUUGAUCCCCUCAAAGCAGUUCCAAGAAAGACGACUGACUUACAGAAGAACUAUAGGCACUCAGCAGAAUCCCAAAAUUGUGAAGAAGCCAUUAUAUGAUCAGUCUUCUGAUAAAGAGGACUGUGACUGUGAAGGAUAUUUCAAUGGACAUUACAUAGCUGGCUUACGCAGGAGCUUUAGAUUAAGUCGUAAAGAGAAGGAGAACAACCUGAAUGACACAAAGCAAGCAGAUCAGGCAGAUGCAGCAGAGUUCCUAACGUACGAAGAAGUCACAAAAUAUCAGCAGCAGCCUGGCGAUCAACGGAGGCUGGUUGUUUUGAUUGGUUGCUUGGGGGCCAAAUUAAACGAGCUCAAGCAGAAGGUUGUGUCAGAGAACCCACAGGAGUAUGGUGUUGCAGUUCCACAUACAACCAGGUCAAAGAAAAGUCAUGAGAAGGAGGGGGUAGAAUACAAUUUUGUCUCUAAGCAAUCAUUUGAGACAGAUGUGCAGCAAAACAAAUUUGUGGAACAUGGAGAAUACAAAGAAAAUCUGUAUGGCACAAGUCUUGAGGCAAUCCGGUCUGUGAUGGCCAAAAAGAAGGUUUGUUUGGUGGAUGUGGUACCUGAAGCAGUGAAACACUUGAGGACUGCUGAAUUUAAGCCUUAUGUUAUCUUCGUGAAGCCUCUCAUUCCAGAAAAGAAAAAAAAUGUCCUCAGAUCUCCAGUGUCAGAAGAAAUCUCAACGCCCUUCCAGGAUGAAGAACAGCAGGAAAUUAUUAAUUCAGCAGCAUUCAUUGAAGAGCACUAUGGCCAUUUGAUUGACACUAUACUGGUGAAAGAAGAUGUCCAGAGUGCAUGUAAUCAGCUUAAAACUGUGUUAGAGAAGCUAAACAAAGAUUCCUUUUGGGUGCCAGUCAACUGGGUUAGGUCAUAGCUUGCUAUCAUCUGUUUAAAGGAAAAAUUGUAUAAAAAGUAUCUUGUAAAUAUAUGGAUUAGAGAAGGGAAAUAUGUCAGAUUUGGUUCAAAACAGCUAUUCUAUCUAGAAAGUCAUACAUAAAGACUGUGGAAAAAAAUGAAAGUCAGAAGCUGACACUGCCUUCUUGAAUUGGAAUCCUGAGUAGCAGCUGUCAUUUAAAAGUGCGUACUCAGCCUAAACAGAUGAGUAAAAUGGACUGAAGUAACUUUUAGACUGUAAAUACUGCAUUUUGUAAGGUAAAAAUUCACGGAGGGUCCCAUGCUUCCAGAGCAUUUAAGCAAUGCCAGGUCAUUAACCAGCUGGAAGUUUCAGUCUUUGGUGAUGCUUUGUGUGGCAAGGUACAUCUGAACAAGGUACUUUUUCCAGGAACAAAUCUGCCUACAGAACAAGCUACUUCAGGUAGGUGGAAGGAAUAUUCUUUGGAGAGUGCUUAUACCCUGUCAGUUACUUAAAAGUUCAGCUGGCUUCCUUGCACUUAAGAUCACUGGUUGCAAAUCCUUUCCAAUCAGGCAAAAAACCUAGAUCACCUAUGUAAAUUGUAUAUGUGUUAGCAGCUGAGAAAUGGGGUGGUUUUGUUGUUGUGGGUUGUUUUGUUUGGUUGUUUGUUUUUAAGCCCAGCCUACACUUCCCAGUGCUUCUGGCUGUCUUGCAGAGUUAGUACUUAGUAUGCUCGUCCAUGGCUUAUGCCCAUUUUUCCCAGUCUCUUCCUAAUGACACAGGACAAAUGUUAAGCAACCUGUAAAUAUACCUGCGUGACUAAUCGAUCUCAUAAACCAGAGACAUUUCUUUAGUCUACAUUAAAAUUGCAUAACGAUGUAAAAUAGGACUUUAAGAAGCUUGUUUUCUACAAGGUAUCUUUGCAAAUGCCACCUACUUGGGUACCACAUGGACAGCAACAUAGCAGCUCUAAAAAGGCUGCUCAAAGGAGGAGGCCGAAGUACCAAGCAGUCUGCAAAACAUCAGUUUGUUUAGAGAACAAUUUAAAGAAAAAGAGGAUAAAAGAAAGCACCCUGCUCUUUAUGUUCCUGAAGACUUCCUUGCUGCCUGAGGCAUUAUCAUGACACAGAUACAGGUGUACCAUUACCUGGAUCUUGCUCAUGUUAAAAUGUUGCCAGGUCUGUGCAUGUGGAGGCUUUUUACGCACGCGAGUUCUUGCUUAAAGGAGGAGAAAAGAAAAAAAAAAGUUUUAAGUGAAAAAAAGUUUUGUGAAGCGAAGCUAUUGAGCCCCAUAUCCCUUCAUCCAGCCUUUCCUUUGCCAGCGUUCCCCGACAAACAGUGAAACAGCUUUUACUGGGAAAAGCACUGCAGGUUUGCAUUGCUUUUUAGAAGCAGUAGAAACGGAAACAAUGCUCCAGACCUGCAGAGGCAGGAAGGGGAGUAGCCGUUUCACAUUUGCCUAACCACUGUUCAUUAAUUUUUCCUAUUUAUGUGCCAAACAAGACAUAUUGCACCUCAACUCACAGUAAAUGAGCUGCAAUAUUGCUUAAGAGUUUUCUGUUCAAAAAAAAAAUGGCCAUGGUUCAAGAUUUUUCCAUCAUCUUUUAGCUCAAGCUUCAUCAGAAGUCAGUUGUUUGGAAACACAGUCAUUCAGCAAGUCCUCUUCAUGACAUACUAACUAGCAUGUAACAGUGAAGAGGACUGGAAUUUCCCAGCAGGAUCUCCACAAACGCUUCAUGAUGAUGGCAACUGCUAUUUUUUCCACUUCGUUCAACUUACAGGUUAAGAUUCUUACUAGUAUUCAGUGAAAAUAUCACUUUGUAUUAAAAAAACACACAAAGUUAUUGACUGGUGUAGGGGUGAAAUAAUUUUAAAAACACGCCACAUUCCAGCUUGUUACUGCAAUUCAAACAGUCAACAGCACCUAGAUUUUCAUCACAGCUCUUUGCAAUUUGGACCUAUGACAGAAUAGGCGAAGCACUGCACAGUGCCCAUCUCUGCAAGAACAAUUUGUUCGUUACAGGACUUUCACUGUGGCACAGACUAGCAUCUGAUGCUACAGCAAGAGUAUAGUAACUUCUAGUGGUACCACCUAUCAAAUUUGUAAUGUUGUUUUCGUCAACAUUUAAGGUUAGAAAAACAAAGACAAUUUUUACUGUAUAGAAGCAUUCCAUAACAGGAAUAACUCAUGCCUAAACACCCAAGUUUACAUUUCAUUUUGUAAAUCUGGGACUGUAGAUGUGUUUCUUGUAGCUUCCAUUAAAAAUGGGUGUGGAUAUUUACAUUACCACUUUCAGACCUGACUGUGACCAGUUCAUAUAGCUCAUUGCCCUCAAGAAAUUAUGCUCAUGACUAUAAAUGAGCAAAACAUCUCCAUAAAGUAAUCAAGAUGGGUUUGGGUUCUGUUGUUUUUUUCCCCCCUCCCCUCCAGUACGACAGUGGAAAUAUCCAUUGAGUGGGAUUGCAUUUGCAGCCAGCUGAAACAUGAUGUAAAGGGAAAUUAUGUUCCUUUUAAACAGACUGCCAGCUGUUUAAUUCUUUCAGAAAAAGAACUCACUUAAAAUUAAGGGCACAAUGUCCUUCUACAGAAGGCAGACAUCAGCUGUAGCACAGACCAGCUAAACAAUUUCACCCACAUUAAACAGGACUACAUGUAGUCUUCUCUUUAGUCUCUUUCUUAACCCCAGGAAACAUAGGAAAGAAGUGACUAACAGGCUCACUGCACUAAAGUCAUUUCUGUCACCAGAACAAUAAACAGAGCAGAGAAUGCACCAGGACCAUUUUACAGCCUACUGAUCAGAGGCCAGUCAUCUCAAUCGUCUCAUGACUGUCUCCUUCCUAGCCUUCCCACCUGUUUUUGUGGCUUUGUUAUAGUUGCCGUGGCCUCCCAUCUUCUGAACUUG